UUCAAACUUCAAAGGAAGUUCGAAGUAUUUUAUCACUAAGAAUGGCAUCAUCAAGGUCCAAGCCUAGCCAACAACUGAACACAUCCAUUUGGAAGGUUGAAUCAACUGUCUCAUCAAGCACAUUGAUGGAGAGUGCACAUGCACUGCCUACAAUGAGGAACGCCUUUGAUAAUUGUCUCCCGAGCUUUGAUGACAACUGUGUCUAUGCCAGUGAGUUUCCUGAUUCUUGGAAGAAUGAGAACUUAACUGAAGGAUGGAAUCUGGUGAAGCAUCCUAAAUUUCCUCCUCCUCCUCCUCCUCCGUCACAAACUGAAGAUGUGGAGCAUUGGAUUCGAGCAAUGUUUAUUGAUGCAACAAAGAAUUGAUU